AUGGGGGUGCGCGAAUGUCCUGCCCUGCUGCUCCUGCUGUCCUUGCUGCUGCUUCCUCUGGGCCUCCCAGUCCUGGGCGCUCCCCCACGCCUCAUCUGUGAUAGCCGAGUCCUGGAGAGGUACAUCCUGGAGGCCAAGGAGGCUGAAAAUGUCACGGUGGGCUAUGGGGAAGGCUGCAGCUUCAGUGAGAAUAUCACCGUCCCAGACACCAAGGUUAACUUCUAUGCCUGGAAGAGGAUGGAGAUUGAGCAGCAGGCCGUGGAAGUCUGGCAGGGCCUGGCCCUGCUCUCAGAAGCCAUCCUGCGAGGACAGGGCCUGUUGGCCAACUCCUCCCAGCCAUCUGAGAUCCUGCAGCUACAUGUGGACAAAGCCAUCAGUAGCCUACGCAGCCUCACCUCCCUACUUCGGGCGCUGGGAGCCCAGAAGGAAGCCAUCUCCUUUCCAGAAGCAACAGCAUCUGCUGCUCCACUCCGAACAUUCACUGUUGAUACUUUGUGCAAACUUUUCCGAAUCUACUCCAAUUUCCUUCGGGGAAAGCUGAAGCUGUACACAGGGGAGGCCUGCAGGAGAGGGGACAGGUGA